UACUUGAAACUGGUAAAUUUUCAACGCCAAAAAAUGCCACAAACAUGGUGUUAAAGUUCUAUCAUCAUUUCCCUAUCAUCCCUAUGUAAAGGAAAAAAGUGAGGUUGGAAUGUUUAAUGAUGCAUGUGUUUUUAUUACUUUUAAAAUGUUUUUAAAAAUUCGUUAAUUACCUGUGAAUAUUAACUCUUUAAAAUGGCUGACAUCGAAAAGGCGUUAUACGACUUCCUUUUAGUUACUAGACAAAAACCAAAAGCAGAUGAAGAAAAACUACAAAAUGGAACUGACUUGGAAGACUUGAAUAUCUAUUUAGUUUCAGACGAUAAUUGGAAGAUAUUCUUUGAUCGGUCGUUCGAUGUAGAGCAGCUAAAAACCCACUUCAGCACUUUACAAGAGAACGAUAGAAUAGACUGUCUCAAAUUCGGAAUAUCUUGUAUCCUUAAUUUUGUUCAGUGUAACUUCACUGGUCCUGACUUAUCCAAAGAAAUAAAGGAUUAUUUAAGUAAAGAUACCUACGAUACACUUAACUUUGCGAAACUGUUGUCGGUUAAUAAUGAAGAUAUUAAUAUCAAUACCAGAUACCCGGCAUUGCUAGUGACUUCCAAGAUCAUUUUUGAACAUUGUGCUGUUGACAAUAUGAUUAAUAAUUGGUGGUAUUGGCGAUCUAUUUUAGUUCAUCAAGAAAUUUUAGAGGAACUAAGUCCUUCUUUGCUCUCUGAUGCUGAUAGAUUGUACAAACAUUUCCAGAUCAAUCCUGAUUUAAGUAUCAACAUAAAAUCCUCAUUGGACAUAGAAGUAGCUCAACUCUACCUACUCUUUAGGCAUAUAUCCAAAGCAAAAGAACACAUCUUGUCAGCCAUUGAACUGCUUGGCAUUCAUUACGAUCUAAUGGGUGCUUUAGGAAAAAGGACAAAGUUUCAAGAGAGAGAAAUAGCACAACUAUCCCUUAAAGUAACAGUUACUGAAAAAGAUAUUAUAACAAGGGAUCGUGGUAUAGAUGAUAUAGACGACAGUGAUGUACCCAUGGAUGUUCCAAUUAAUGAUGAUGUCCGUCUUAAUACCAUAGAAUUCACUGAAGAUUUAGGAAAUUUGGCUAAGUUGGGCAGUUUGGAGCAGAAACUAUUUGUUACCAUUAUAAAAGAUAUGUUAAUAUCUAAACCUCCAGACGAAUUGCAAGUCGAAGAGAUUAUGCCAUUUAUUGACGCAAUUCUUAAGCAGAAAAAUACAUUUGCUGUUCGAGUAGUUACCUUAUUGCUUAGAUGUAAGUUAGAAAGUAAAACUAGAAGAACCAUAGAAAGGGCAUUAAGUCAGAGCGAAGAAAUUAUUAAGAGCCUGCUUAGAGAGAAACCAGUAGCAUUAAAAAGAAUCACAGAUGUCUUUGGAACUGGCAUGCCACCAGUGUGGAAGAUUGAAACACAGUAUGCCGAUUUGUUGCUUAAUAUAGGCCUGGUUAAGAAUGCCUUAGAUAUUUAUUUAAAGAUUAAACUUUGGGAAGAAGUUAUUGUAUGCUACACUAUAUUAAAAUUAAGGCAUAAGGCUGCUGAAGUUAUUCUGGACCAAUUGAAAGAGAAGCCUACUGUCAAGCUGUGGUGCUUAUUAGGAGACGCAACAGACGACAUUACGUGUUACGUAAAAGCUUGGGAGUUGUCUAAACGCCGUAGUCAUAGAGCUCAACGUCAUUGGGGCCAGUUUCUCUUCGCCCGUAAACAGUACGAAGAAUGCAUUCCACAUUUUGAAAAAUCUGUUAGCAUUAAUCCACUACAAUCCAACGUCUGGUUCCGACUGGGUUAUGCAGCCCUUCAAACAGAAAAUUGGCAAACAGCAGCAACAGCGUACAGACGUUAUACACAUCUCGAGCCAGAAGCCUUCGAAGCCUGGAAUAAUCUGGCACAGGCAUAUAUAAAAAUUGGAAACAAGAGGAACGCCCAUCAAGCUAUUCUAGAAGCUUUGAAGUGUAAUUUUGAUAACUGGAAGGUGUGGGAGAAUCUUUUGGUUAUUAGUUGCGACAUUUCUAACUUCUCUGAUGUAAUCAGAGCCUAUCAUCGGCUCCUAGACCUUAAGGAAAAAUAUCUAAACGUCGAAGUACUAAAUGUCUUAGUGUACCACGUGUGUCAUGACAUCAAUGAUUGUGAAGGUCUGUCCUCACAACGAUAUCUACAGAAAACCAGAGAACUGCUGGGUAGAGUUACUGCUCUUUAUCCCAAUGAAGGGUACGUCUGGGAACUUUAUGCGAAUUUAGCACCAGCGAUUAUGCUCAAAGCUCAGAGACUGCAGAGAGCUUAUAGAGGAUAUACUCAAGGAGCUUGGGAUAAAAACCCAACUACAUGUCAGCAAAUGCUCUACGUGUGUAUUAAAUUAGCAGACAUUGUACUAGAUAACGAAGUCGAUCCGAAAGACACUCUCAUCAAUUCCAUAAAAUUAAAUCUAAGUUCAGCCAUUACGGCUAUCAAAAAACAAGAUUGGGAGGAAACUCGCGAUUUAGUUGAACAAGUAUCUGUCCAUUUAGAAAAAAUUAUUGAUAAAAUUAAAGGUUAUCAUCAAGAUAAAUCUAGCAGUUAAGCAUGUUUUCAAUUGUAUUUUGUUUAUUAAAUGUUUUAAAAGAUCCAAUAAA